AUGGCGUCCCUGUGGCCGGGCAACUAUCUUCCCAGCGCCUGCAAGGGCUGCAUCAUCGUCCAUCGAUCGCAUCCUUCCAUCGUUGGCAUCUUCCCUGUGCCGGAGGAGUCUUGCAGUGCUGACACUUUCCAGUGGGACCCGAAAAGCAAGGUCUUCACAGUGGUCAAUGCAAGACGUUACCCGUGCUUCACGUACCUCACAUUCUUGGGCAUCCACGUCCACGACCGAAAUGGCCGGCCCUUUGAACCUGGCUUCACGAGGUCGGACGCUGGGGUGGAGGAGAUGGCCCUAACAUUUGUCGUGGUGGCGGACCCCAUGACCGCUAUUCGCCUUGGAAAGAUCGAGGCGGCUGCGCUCCCUUCCUCAGGCUUCUUUGCCAUCGAGCUGGAGAAGCUCCAGGCACCUUCGCUUCCGGCCUCCCUCCAUGUCCACGAGGAUCCAGAAGGCUAUGGUUUCCCUCUCCCUGAUGCCGCCGGACCGUACCUUUGUACCCAAGGCAUCGGAGGACACCUGACGCAUUUUUUCCCUGAAAGCUACCACGCUAUUGAUCUUCGAUGUUCCCCACGCACGCCUGUGCUCAGCAUUGGGAAUGGCACUGUCAAGGAAAUCGCACAGACUCACAAGUGUGGCGGAAUCCAUGCUGCAAAUCUGGCAAAGUGGAAUUCCGUUUCCGUGAUCUUGGAAUCUGGCAUCAUCGUGGAGUACCUUCACACUCUUGCUGAAACAGCACGUGUGCAGGUUGGCGAGAUGGUGAGGCGUGGGCAGGUUCUAUGUGAGUCUGGCGAUAUUGGCUUCGCGCCGGAGCCGCACCUCCACGUGGAGUUGCACAGCGCUGCGGAUCCGGAUGGAUCUUCGUUGCCUCUACACUUUGGCCGGGAGCGCUUUGUCCCCGUAGCAGGCCGCUGGUACAACUCUGCUGGGGAGGCACACGGGUUCAACAAAGCGCAGGUUCAUGUUGAGUUGCAAUGA